UCUCCUACCCUGCUACGUUGAUUCUCCUAACCUGCUAGUACGGAAAGUCAAAUCUAACAAAAACUGUAUCCCUUCUAACCAUGACCGCUUUGAGCUCGUAGACCAGUUUGAGAAAGACUUGGGGAGAAUGGCUGCCAGUGGAGACGUAGGCAAGCUGUUACAAGUACAGAAUGGCACUCCUGCAAACACGACCUACAGUGGGGUUGAUGCCGUUCAUGCCUGUAACAUCCUCCAGCAGCUCAAAGCCUUGUAUGAUGAAGCACAGCUCACAGACAUUGUCGUUGAGGUGGACCAUGGCAAAAGAUUUUCGUGUCACCGAAAUGUCCUUGCAGCAAUCAGCCCUUACUUUAGGUCCAUGUUCACCAGUGGCCUUACAGAGAGCAGCCAGAGGGAGGUGCGGCUCGUCGGGGUUGAGUCUGAGUCCAUGCACCUGGUCCUGGACUAUGCCUACACGUCCAGAGUCAUGCUCUCCGAGUCCAAUGUCCAGGCCCUGUUCACGGCAGCCAGCAUCUUCCAGAUCCCAGCCCUGCAGGACCAGUGUGCCCAGUUCAUGAUCAGCCGCCUGGACCCCCAGAACUGCACCGGGGUCUACAUGUUCGCAGACGCCUAUGGCCACCAGUUGCUGAGGGAGCGCUCCCAGGACUACAUACGCAAGAAGUUCCUGUGUGUGGCAAGGGAGCAGGAGUUCCUCCAGCUCACCAAGGAGCAGCUGGUGAGCAUCCUGAACAACGAUGACCUGAACGUGGAGAAGGAAGAGCAUGUGUAUGAGAGCAUCGUGCGCUGGCUGGAGCACGACAGCCCUCGCAGGGAGGCCCACCUUGCUGAGGUGUUCUCUCAAUGCAUCCGACUGCCCCUCCUGGAUGAUUCUUUUCUCAGCCGCAUCCCGGCCCCCUUCGCCUGCGCCCUCUCCCUGUCCAGAGAACCUGCCGAAGCCAAGGCACGUCUCAACGGCUGCUCUCAGCGCCUGGGCAUGACCGCCUCCGAGAUGGUCAUCUGCUUUGACGCAGCACACAAACACUCAGGGAAGAAGCAAACCGUGCCUUGCUUGGACACUGCUGCUGGGAGGUUGUUCAAGCUCUGCAAGCCCCCCAAUGACCUGCGGGAGGUGGGCAUCCUGGUGUCAUCAGAGAACGACAUCUUCAUCGCCGGGGGCUACCGCCCUAGCAACAGCGAGGUGUCCAUUGACCACCGGGCGGAGAGCGACUUCUGGCAGUACGAGCAUGCAGGGAACCGUUGGCUGGCGCGUUCGCCCAUGCUGCGGGCCCGGAUCGGCUGCAGGCUGGUCCACUGCUGUGGGAAGCUGUACGCCCUGGGGGGCCGUGUGUACGAAGGGGACGGAAGGAAUGCACUGAGGUCAGUGGAGUGCUACGAUGCCAGGGAUAACUGCUGGACCGCCGUCAGCCCCAUGCCUGUAGCCAUGGAGUUCCACAGCGCUGUGGAGUACAGAGACCGCAUCUACAUCCUCCAAGAUGAAUACUUCUUCUGUUUCGACCCUCGCAAGGACUACUGGGGCCACUUGUCCCCCAUGAGUGUCCCCCGGAGCCAGGGUCUGGUUGCCUUACACAAGAACUGCAUCUACUACAUCGCUGGCAUCUGCAGGAACCACCAGCGCACCUUCACCAUGGAGGUCUACGACAUCGAGCAGAACACCUGGGCCCGCAAGAAGGACCUUCCCUUCGACCAGGCCACCAGCCCCUACAUCAAGGCCCUGCUCCUCCAGGGCAAGCUGCACCUGUUUGUCCGAGCCACGCAGGUCAUGGUGGAGGAACACGUGUUCCGUACCAGCAGGAAGAACUCCCUCUACCAGUACGACGACAAGGCGGACGCGUGGACCAAAGUCUACGAGACGCCUGACCGCCUCUGGGACCUGGGCCGCCAUUUUGAGUGUGUGGUGGCCAAACUGUACCCACAAUGUCUUCAGAAAGUGCUCUGAGAGGGCCAUGGGGAACGGGUGGCAGGUAGCCAAGCAGUUAGAGCAUUGGGCCAGUAACCGAAAGUUUGCUAGUUCAAAUACCCGAGCUGAC